AUGGGCAAGGAUCAAAUGACUAAGAGCGCUGCGGGAGAAAUCCAAUCCUCACAGGCUAAAAAUGGACGCGAUAUGUCGUCUGGCGGCUUCGCAGCUCGCGCGCAGAGCGCGGCAGCUAGAAACGAAGCCGCCGCUGGCCAGCAGAACACGGGACCGGGCCACAAGACAGGUGGCUCAUCUGGCGGUGCUGGAGGGAAGAAGUGA